AACUUCUAUGGUGUAACCAGCGCUCAGUGUUGGCUAACUUUUAUAUUCAAAACGAAUAGGACAUAAGAUCAAAAUUGAAAGAAGCAAAAUGGGUGGUAAGACACAAAAGUUUCAAAAAAUUGCCUUGGUGAUUAUUUUGAUGUCUUCGUGGUCCUUUUCUUGUCCACCACCGGAAAAUAUCGCUCCCUGCACGUGUCAGCGUGUGUUCUCAAAAUUCCAGUUGAAAUGUAAGAAGAUAUUUUCUUCUUCUGUACUCGAGGAGGUCUUUGAGCAGACAGUAGACUACAGAAUAGACAGCUUUCAGCUGGAAGACUCGUCCUUCCCCUACUUCUCCCAGAGGCUCUUUCAACUACUAAAGCCUUCUUCCAUAACUCUAAUAGGAAAUGCGAUUCUCAGUUUAGCCGAGCCAGGACACCUUCCUUUCCAAGGUCUGGAAGAUUCGUUAGAGUACAUAUCAGUUAGCAGAGGUCAAUACAUGAACGACUGGAAUUGGUCACGUUUUACAGAGCUUCGUGCUCUCACAAGUAUCCUUCUUAGCAGUGGAGACCUCUCCCACAUAGGGACCACCAUGUUUCAAGGAAACCUUCCGAGUCUUCUUUACCUAACUAUAAAAAGCAACCACGUAUCAAGUAUCGACAAAUCAGCGUUUUCGUCACUAGAAAGCUUAGAAGGACUUGCCCUUUGGGAUAACGGUAUCACUUCCAUUGAAAGAUCGAUGUUUCCAAACGCUUCUUUAUCUCAAAUAAAUCUCAGCUAUAAUAAACUGUCCAGUCUACCAGAUGACAUUUUUCAGGGUAUGCCAAAAUUGGAGUACUUGGACCUGAGAGGUAACCAGCUAAAGAAAUUGGGAGAACAGAUGCUAGGUGGUGUCUGGAACCAGCUUGAGACUCUUUACAUAUCAGAAAACCACCUGCAAUGUGACUGCGCUCUGAAAUGGAUCUCUGACCGAUAUCACAAAAGAGAAAGACCCCGAGAGCUUGAUAUGGGCACAUGCGUAGAACCGCCACAGUUGAAAGGUCAAGAUCCAACAACAGCAUCCUGGUAUCUUAUUGGCUGUUUUAUUUAAUGUAACCUAUUCUUGCAACAUAUCUACCUAUCCAUAAAGGCAAAUUUUUUGAUGUCUCUAUAUUAUUGAAGAAAUAUUAAUGAGAAACGUAUUUUGGAAAAUAUAUUCGUGAAUAAUGCCACGUAGAUAUAUGUAUCACCGUUUUCAAAACACGUGAUAUACUUUUAUGUUUUAUAAAAUCAACCAAAACUAUUGCAAGGACUAUUGUAUGAUUGAAAUUCUAUGUGAA